UCUCCUACACAUAUAUCUUCCAUCCCCUUUUCAUUCUUCUUCUUACUAAAUUCUUCAAAAAAAAAAAAAAAUCUCUCUAGACCAAAAAAAAAAACAACUUAUUUAAUUGAUUCAUAUUUUACAAAGUAUAAUGGAGGAAAAUUAUGGUUCAGAAUGUAUAAGUGGAUGUGAGUCUGGUUGGACUUUAUACUUAGAACACUCAAUAUUGUAUCCUACACAAUCUUUUGAAAAUCAUAACAAUACUAAUGGUGAUGAUUUUAUUUAUAAAAAGAGCUCAUUUUCAUAUGAAUAUGAUGAUGAAGAAGAAGAUAUGUCAAUGGUUUCUGAUGCAUCUUCAGGCCCACCACAUUUUCAAGAGCAAGAAGAAGAACAAGAAUGUUUUAACAAGAUUAUUACAAAUGGUAAAAGACAAAAGAUUCCUAAAGAACCAAGUUUAUGUAGAAAAGUUCAAGAUUUGCCUUCUUUUCUUGAUGACACUGCUAGCUCCCCCCUUUUCAACAUUUCAAAUAACAAUCUAACAGUGGGAAACAAGAAUGCUUCAUUGGAAGAAAAUGACAUUAUAGACUACUCACAAGGCUAUUCCACAACCUACUAUGAGGGAAAACCUGCAUAUCAAGAUCAGUUUGGGUUUUUUCAUCCCUCUGUUUCUGGCACUCAACUGCAACAAAACCAAUGGUUUGAAGAAAAGAGGUGGGGAGUUUAGAAGAAAUGCAAACGUUUUAACUUAUGAGAGCAUGAGGAAUUUAGAUCCAAAAGGAGGGAUCUUGUUCCUUUUUAUUUUAUUUUUUCAAUUUUUCUCACUUUUUAUUUUUGAUUUUAAAGGUUAAAUUGUAAGUUGUAAUGAGAACAACCUGAGGAGAAAAAAAUCUGGGAAAUAAUUUUUCGUGUUCCUUGGAAGUCAUUUUUCUUUCUUGUCAAUAAAUGCGGUUGCAAUUUGGUCAUUA